GACAUUUAAGUACGGUUUAGAUACAAAGUCCUCAUGACUUUUUUUCAGAGAUUGGUUUCUAUAUUCCUACUCUCCAAAAAGACACCGUAUGGAACACAUCUGUGUUUCAUCUCCCUGUCGAUUUGACACUGAGUAAAUUCAUUAUUUCAGUCUUUAGUAGUGAUUACAGGAAGUCUAUCGACCUACAUUAAUACUUGCAGAUUGUAACACUGUGGUAGUUAACGUCGUUUUAACUACAUCAACAAAAGGUGCUGACUGACAGUGCGCACUGUUUAAAAAUGACAGUGACAUGUCACUGUCAUGUGAUUCCUCGUUGAGUUAAAUUUACUGUUUUGAUCGUAAAUUAAGCAUCAAAACUACUGUUUACACUUGAGUUGAACUUACUUUAUUUAAAAUAAUCUUUUUCUGCACGUAAGACUGUCUCCCUUUGCUCCGAGGAAGUAAUAGGAAACAAAAACACCAAGUGAUAGAAAAGCUCGGUUCCCGUGGACCGAUAUAAUGUCACUUUCAGCUGCUAUUGACAAUGAAACAUCGUGAUCAAAAACCAGCAUACGGACAAAAAGUUGUACCUCGACUUGCUCAGGCGUCAUCCCGACCAGUACAUACAAAUACAAGAUCUGACUGUUAUUAUUGCAAUCGCUUCGGAAAAUUGGCACGCAAAUGUGGUCAUAAUGAUGCUUUCUUGUCCAAAAAAUCACCAGCAAACAGAUUUGGGGCUCAAUGCAUUCAGAAUGAAAAUAUAGUCCAAAGAACAAACUUAAAUAGGACAGUUAUUCCAUCUGUGCCUCCUCCUUCAUCAUUUCCUGUACCUGGUUUACCUCCGACUCCUCCACCUACUUAUCAAGAAAGCGUUACUUUACCACUUCCUCCAGAAUACGAAGAAAGACUGCCAGAAGUUAUUGUUACACAACCACCUGCAACUGUAUUCAAAUGGAAUCCAGUGGGCAUGACUUGCCCUUAUUGUCAUCAUAUUAUUGUUACUAAAGUGAGGUCCGAGUCAGGACUAUUAGCUUGGCUACUUUGUGGAGUUAUGUUUUUAACUGGAUUAUGGCUCUUUUGUCUCAUUCCUUUCUAUUUGAAAUCAACACAAGAUGUUGUCCAUAUUUGUCCACUUUGUAAAUCACAAUUAGGUAGUUAUAAACCAUUGUGAAUAGGUAAACACAAUGAAAAAACUUACCCAUCUACAUUCUCAACAACUACAUCAUGAAUUUUUUGUCUAUACUGGUGAUAAUAAUUUAUUGCUCAUUCUUCAUUUUUGUUAAAACAAUAACUGUUUUGUAUUUUGUUAUUAACAGUAGUAAUAUUGUUUAACAACCAAUUAACGACAAACUGAUUGGUUGUCAUCAUCGUCAAUUAUCAUUCCAGAUUGUCAUGAAUAUUUUUAUUUUGAUUGCAUAAAUUUACAAAUAUGUACACCU